AUGGAGCAAAUAAACAAUAUAUCACAAGUGACAGCAUUUGAUUCAAACAGUUUAUCAACUAUCGUUUAUUUUGAAGAUCUUUCUAAUGAAGUUAUCUAUGAAAUUUUUGAAUAUCUGAAUUUUUUUCAUAUUUAUGAAAUUUUCUUCAAUCUUAAUACACGUUUUCGAAAUCUUCUUAUCAGUUCAACUCUUCCUAUUAAAAUCAAUCUUUCAUCUUUAUCAAAAUCAAAUUUUGAAUAUUAUUAUAGAAAUAUGAUUAUUCCUUAUCAACAUCAAAUUCAAUCACUUUAUUUAUCAAAUUUAUUUAUUGUCGAUUUAUUCCUUUCCUCGUUUUCUCUAAUAUCAAAAUUAAUUCAACUUCAAAUACUUAUUAUUGAUAAAAUUCAAUCAAAAUAUCUUGAUAAUUUUCUUAAUGAUUUAUUCUUCCUACCUCAUCUAUCUUCAUUAGUACUUAUUUUUCAAAUUUUAUAUAUUUUGACACAUGGAGAUAUAGCUUAUUUAGUGGCGAAUCGAUGGCAAUUCCUUAUAUUAUCACAUAUGCCAUAUUUACGAAUCUUUGAUAUUCAGCAUCGUGUUAUUAUAAACGCAACAGAUAGAGAGAUUUAUCCUGAUCUAUUUGAUCAAUUUGAAUCUUUAUUUUGUUUUGAACGACAUUGGUUUUUUGCGUAUCAUAUUCAUGAAACUGGAGUAACUGCAGAUGUAUUUUUUUAUUCAACAGAUCCAUACAGGAGAAGACAUUUCAUACUAGCUAUAGAACCAACCAAAAGAAGUGCUCCACAUACUAAACAAAGAUAUAUGAAUUCAGUUCAUCAUCUUGAAUUUCAACAUAAAAAUAGAAUAAUUAAUUGGACAAAUUAUUUUUCAAAUGUUACUCAACUGACUUUCAAAUGUAAUCCUUUGCAAGAAAAUGAAUAUGUUCUUCCAAUUAUUUUUAAUCGUAUUUUUCCUUUGAAACAAAUUACUAAACUCGAGAUCAUUUGGUUUAAUCUUGAUUUGAAAGAUGUUAUAGAAUUAUUAACUUUCAUGCCUAAUAUUCAUAUGUUAAGAUUUAAUCUACCAAUACUUGAAAAAAUAGAUUUAAACUUAAUUCAACAAAGUGAAAGUUUUCAAAUGGUGUCGACUACAAAUAAAAUUAAAGAUGUGAGUAUUGGAUUUCAAUGUACAUUUGAACUGAUAGAAUUACUAGUGAAAAAUCAAUCGAAUUCAACUUAA